CUUUCGGUAGCUCAGGCAAGCUGUGCGCCCAGCGCGGGGAUGGCGGCGGGGAGGAAGGUCCUGACCCUGGACUCCGUGAAUCCACGCGUCAAAGGCACCAGGCUCCCCACACUGGGGCCCCUGUUGGAGAGGGCCUCGCAAAUCCAGCGCCAGCUGGCGCAGGGAGAGGAGAAGCCCUUCCGGGAGGUCAUCUGGUGCCAUUCAGGGGACCCCCACGCUGCAGGCCGAAGACCCAUCACCUUCCUACGCCAGGUGGCUGCCAUCUGCACUUACCCAGAGCUGCUGCAUGCCGACUUCAUGCCACGGGAUGCCAAGCAGCGAGCCAGCCGAAUCCUGCAGGAGCUGCAUGGCUCCAGUGCUGGGGCGUAUAACAUGGAGUACAUCACCGCUGCCAUCCCCCAGAAGGUGGCCCGCUUCCUGGAGAGGAGAGACGGGGGCAUCCGGUGCGACCCCAGGAACAUCAUCAUGUGUGGGGGCAUCACCACGGCCAUAGUGGAUUUCCUCUCCCUGGUGGUCAAUGAGCAGGACCCCGGGAGGGCAGGCGUGCUGCUGCCGGUGCCCGGGCACCCUCUCUAUGCGGACGCCGUAGCGCUGGCCGGUGCCGUCGGGGUGCAGUACCACCUGGACGAGGAGGGCGGCUGGGCCCUGGACAUUGGGGAGAUCAGGCGGGUGCUCGGCCAGGCCAGGGGGUACUGCACCCCCAAAGUGCUGUGUGUCAUCAACCCCGGGUAUCCGACAGGCCACGUGCUGAGCAGGAGACACAUACAGGAUGUUCUUCAGCUGGCUGCCCAGGAGAGGCUGCUCCUGCUGGCGGAUGAGGUUCACCAGGACAGCAUGUUCACCCCGGACUUCCCCUUCCUCUCCUUUAAGCGGGUUCUGUGUGAGUUGGGCUCGGCAGUCUCCAGUGUGGUGCAGCUGAUCUCCUUCUACUCUGCCUCCAAGGGCUUUGCCGCAGAGGGCGGUUUCCGGGCCGGCUUCUUUGAGCUUGUGAACAUCGACCCAGCAAUCAUGAAAUGCUUCUGCUCCUGGGGAAUGUCCGUCUACCCCCUGAUCCUCGGCCAGGUUCUGCUGGAUGCCCUGAUGGAGCCGCCGCUGCCCGGGGACCCUUCCUGCUGCACCUUUAUGGCAGAGAAGCAAGCAGUGCUGAGCGACCUGGCUCACAAAGCGCAGCUGACCCAGGAGAUCUUUGGCCAGGUGCCCGGGAUCCGCUGUAACCCCGUGCAGGGCGCCAUGUACUCCUUCCCCAGGAUCCAGAUCCCAGCCAGGGCGGUGCAGGAGGCCUGGGCCCUCGGUCUGGAGCCUGAUUUCUUCUUCUGUCAGAAGCUGCUGGAGGCGACGGGGAUCGUGCUGGCCCCAGGGAGCAUCUUCGGGCCGUGCCGGGGCACCCACCACAUCAGGGUGACGCUGCUGCCCCCAGUGGAGACGCUGAGGAUUGUCUUACAAACCAUCGCAGACUUCCACUCCCGGUUCCUGCAGCAAUAUUCCUGA